AUGGUCAAGCUCCCUCCUCGGCUUUCUGUGGCCAUGCUCUGGACAAUGUCCAUACUGAAGUCCAGUUGCCGGCACCCUCUCUGGACUGGCCCCAUCUCUGUACCAGGCGGCACCCGACAGUCCCCCAUCAACAUCCGGCAGAGGGACAGUGUCCAUGACCCACGGCUGGUGCCGCUCAGAGUGUCCUAUGAUGCCACCUCCUGCAGGUACAUCUGGAACACUGGCUACUUCUUCCAGGUGGAGUUUGACGAUGCCACCGAGGAGUCAGGGAUCAGUGACGGGCCAUUGGAAAACCACUACAGACUAAAGCAGUUCCACUUCCACUGGGGAGCAGCGAACGAGUGGGGAUCGGAGCACGCGGUGGAUGAUCAUGUUUACCCAGCAGAGCUUCAUUUGGUUCACUGGAAUUCCAUGAAAUACACAAAUUACAAGGAAGCUGUGGUGGGGGAGAAUGGCCUGGCCGUGAUAGGUGUGUUUCUCAAGCUUGGGGCCCAUCACGAGGCUCUGCAGACACUGGUGGACAUCUUGCCGAAAAUAAAGCAUAAGGAUGCGAAGGCCCCCAUGGGCCCCUUUGAUCCCUCCUGUCUACUGCCCACCUGCCGGGAUUACUGGACCUACGGGGGUUCCCUCACCACCCCACCGCUGGCCGAGUCUGUCACCUGGAUCAUCCAGAAGACACCCAUUGAGGUGGCCCCAAACCAGCUGUCAGCGUUCCGCAGGCUCCUGUUCUCUGUACAUGGAGAGGAAGAGAAGCCAAUGGUGAACAAUUACCGCCCGCUCCAGCACCUCAUGGACAGGAAGGUGCGGUCAUCCUUCCCAGUCUGA